CAGAGUCAGUCUGGAGUCGGCCACGUUCGAAAGCACAAGCAAAAGCAAAACCAUCCACAGCAUCCAACGGCGGUCACAGGGCGAAACGCAAUUUCACCCUGCCACCCAUUUGAACUGGAUUGAAAGAGACUACAGUGCCAGUGCUUACUAAAGGGAGUUCCUCCAUCUUUACUCGCGUGCUCAAGGAUGAAAAUCAAGUGAAACUAGGACCUAUGUGAAUUGUGGUGGUCAAUCGUAGGAAAAAAGCUGUAGGCUUCGGCCGAAUUGCAGUGAAAAAUGAGGUCCCAAGAUGGCCCUGCCCAGUGUUGAAAAUUUUCCAUCCCUCCACCACCACCACCUCAGUGAUUGAACAGUGAAUUUUAAAAAUGGAUGAAAAUCUGGUGCCAAGUGAGGAGAAGCCAGCAUCACGCCCACGUGCGAAAAUGACACUGCGAAAAGGAUAAAAUUGGAUCUUUUUGGCGAACAGCAGCAUCUCAGCGGCAAGAACUAUGAAGCAAGGGUAUAAGAGAAGAUUCCUACUGGGACUAGCCAUCACCGAUUUCGAGUUCCAGCAAAAUUGAAACAACACGAAAAAUGUGGUUCUGCGCCCAACAGUGAUUUUUACAAGGCUCCUACAGUGACAGUGCGGAAAUCGGUGAAAAGUGCUUUGUGAUUUUAGAAUUUUAUCGAAUUGGAAAUGAAAAACUAAUCCGUGUUUUCACCUGGGCACCACAAAAGCGCCAGCAACUGUGUCCGGUUCGGUUUUGUACUCAGCGAAAGAAGAAAAAAAAAGUGAACCGAAACGCCAUCCAAUCAAUCAAAGUCAGGCAAAGGAUUACUGCCACUGGAUUGUGACCACCCCCGGAUUAUUUCCUUACAGUACCAUCACACCCAGACACACACAAACACACACACGCUUACUAAAUUCACUCACAAAACGGACAAACACCAGCCGCACCUACACAAACGCAUCGACGGACGCGGAACGGAAACGGGAACGGGAACUAAUUUGCGUCCCCAGCGCCAGACGAGUGAUCAUGAGCAGCAACAUUUGGAACGGGCUGAUCGAUCGAAGUCGGAGUGGAUUUUUACGGAAUGUCUCGGGACGGCUCUUUGGCAUGGUUGCCACCUUCUCGGCACUGCUGCUGGUCAUCGGAGUUGUGGUUUGCGACGAGGAAACUACCGCUCACCCACUGGACGAUCACCGACGCUACUCACAGCCAAUACUGUAUCCCGGUGCCAAUCAGUUCACCGGGCCCCGGCAGCUAUAUCCCUCCUCCGGUAAGGUGAAAUCCUCCGAAGGUCGACUGGUGAAGACGAAAACGAAUCCGAAAGCAAGACCGAAUAUCCGAACGCCGCUACCUCCGGGGAAAAUUGUCCUAGCACCGAGGCCACUUCCGCCGGUGUAUGGAGUCGGGCAAGAGCUGCCCCAGGAUUUACGUAGUCACCGGUCCCGCCCGGUACCGAUCUAUGUUCCGCCCGGUUUCGGUACCAUCUACCACGGUAUUCACAGGCCGGCCGGUGGAGAGCGUACCGAAGAUUACAGACCGCAUCACAACGGUUACGAUUACUCACUGGACAAAGUGUUUGUCCCGGAGGGGGAUCUGCUGAGUGAGGGUGUCGGAAAUGGAGAAAGCGUGUCCGGCAUGGACAGCUGUGAUAUACGGUGUGAACCGAAGGAAUUCCGAUGUGACAAGAGCUGUGCAUGUGUCCACAUGGAUCUGCACUGCAACGGGCAGGCGGACUGUAUUCUGUCGGAAGAUGAACAAAACUGUGAAGCCGUACAGGAGGAAUUGGUAAAGCAGAUGAAGCAGAGCUGUGAAGCCAGUGGAUCGCACGUGAUCUGUGCCACGACACAUACUUGCAUUGCGAAGCAGUGGUUGUGCGACGGUGAUGAUGAUUGCGGUGACUACACCGAUGAAACGCACUGCGGAUCGCGGAACGAGUGCUUCGAGGGAAAGUUCCAGUGCCAGAACGAACUGUGCAUUCCGCGGGAAUGGGUUUGCGAUGGAGACAACGAUUGCAACGAUUUGUCGGAUGAGCGGAAUUGUUCGAGACAAUGCACCCAGGACGAGUUCCGUUGCCACGACGGAAGCUGCAUUUCGGCUUCGUUCGAGUGCGACGGGGAAGCGGACUGUAUCGACGAAUCGGACGAGAUGACGUGUGAUCGGCCAAUGCAAAGCUGUCCGGAGGGAGAAUUCAAGUGCAAAGGAUCACUGGGCGGUUUGGGCGGACCCGGAGGACGCUGUGUGUUGAUGCGGUUCCGCUGCGAUGGGGAUAACGAUUGCGGUGAUUGGAGCGAUGAGGAGGGUUGUCCCAAAAAGCAAGUUCUCUGCACGGCAAACGAGUUUAAGUGUGACGAUGGAGAUUGCAUUCCGGUACAGUGGCGUUGUGACGAUAAGCAGGACUGUAACAAUGGGGAGGACGAGAAAGGCUGUCCGGUGGAUAAGCUAGGCGGGAGAACGUGUUCACCGGAUGAGUACACUUGCAAAGAUGGAAGAUGUAUUCUGCGUUCGUGGGUUUGCGACGGAACAGCGGAUUGUAAGCGGGGAGAAGACGAACAGGACUGUGACACAAAGUGUGAAUUGAAUCAAUUUGCUUGUCCUUCAAACAAUCGAAACAGCUCUAGAGAUUCACUCUGCAUCAACCAGAAGCACGUGUGUGAUGGUCACAAGGAUUGCGUUGAUGGUGAGGACGAACUUCGCUGUCCGAUCGUCCAUCCUUGCAAUGCCCAUUCACGAUGCGAACAGUUGUGUGUGACCGCGUACAGUGGUCGAGAGGAGUGCAUGUGCCGACCAGGUUUCCUCCUGCACGGCAAUGAGUACAACUGUACCGACAUCGACGAAUGCACAAUCGUCAAUAAUCCCGUCUGCUCGCAGGAAUGCAUCAAUACGGUAGGGAGUUUUCGAUGUGCCUGCAAACCGGGUUACAUCCUGAGACCGGAUCAGCGUACCUGCAAGGCUGUGGGAGGAGCCGUCAAACUUCUAAUGGCGAAUCGUGCCGACAUUCGUCAGGUUUCGCUGUCUAACAAUCAGUUCACAUCGAUCGUUAAGGGAUUACCGAACGCAAUCGCAUUGGAUUAUCACUACCAGCAGGACUUACUGUUCUGGACGGAUGUUUCGAUCGAUGUCAUCAAACGAUCGUAUCUGAAUGGGACUGGUAUAAAGGAUGUCAUUAAGUGGGGUUUGGAAUCCCCGGGAGGUUUGGCUGUUGACUGGAUUCACAACUUACUCUUCUGGACGGAUUCCGGAACUCGACGCGUCGAGGUUUCCACGUUCGAUGGUAAACUGAGAGCGGUUUUGGCUGCAAAUGACCUAGAUAAGCCUCGAGCCAUUGCAGUGCAUCCCGGAAAAGCAACCGUAUUCUGGACAGAUUGGGGAACCGUACCGAAAAUCGAGAAAGUGUACAUGGAUGGAUCCGAGAGACAGACCAUUGUAUCCGAAUCCAUUUUUUGGCCGAACGGUCUGGCAAUUGAUUACACAACGAACCGAAUCUACUGGGCCGAUGCCAAGCAUGUGGUGGAAAGUGCUAAUUUUGAUGGCAAAAAUCGGAAGAAAAUUCUCAGCAACAACCUUCCGCACCCAUUCGCCAUGACUUUGUUCGAGGAUUCCAUGUACUGGACUGACUGGCACACCAGAACGGUGUCAACGGCAAACAAGAUCACCGGUCGAGGAUUCCGAAUAGUUCACGAAGGCCUGCACUUCCCCAUGGAUAUUCAAAGCUAUCACCCAUCGCGACAACCAGAAUACACCAACCGUUGUCCGCUGGAUCAGCACGGUCGCCAUGGUGGAUGCUCUCACCUUUGUCUACCGAAUAGAAACCAUCGACGCUGCGCUUGUCCAAUUGGUCUCACACUGAAAGGGGAUCAGCGGACAUGUUCUAAUGUUCCUGACAAGUUGCUUUUGAUUGCUCGCAAGAAAGACAUUCGUGUUCGACAGUUGGAUCAACAGAAUCCGACCAAAGGAGUAGACAUGGUAGUUCCGUUGGACGGCAUCAAGUCCAACGUAGCCAUCGAUUGGUGCAGUCAAACGAACGUAAUCUACUGGACCGAUGUGGGAAAAGGCAUCAUCAGCCGAGCAUUUAUCAACGGUAGCCAGCAGGAGGCUAUCAUCAAAUCGAAUCUCAUCUCUCCGGCUGGUUUGGCAUUGGAUUGGAUUACCAACAAGAUCUACUGGACCGAUGCUGGAACGAAUCGGAUCGAGGCAGCAAGUACGGAUGGCAAACAACGGGCACUGCUGAUUUGGGAACGUUUGGAUAAACCUAGAGAUAUUGUGGUACAUCCCAGUGAAGGCUACAUGUUUUGGUCCGAUUGGGGAUCCAAUCCGUUGAUUGAACGGGCCGGUAUGGAUGGAAGUGGUCGAGUUACGUUGGUAUCGGAGAAUCUACAGUGGCCCAAUGGGUUAGCCCUGGAUACCGACAACCAUCGGCUGUACUUUGUUGACGGUGGCACGAAGGCUUUGGAGUAUGUAAACUUUGACGGCACGGGCAGAAAUCGCUUGAUCACGGAAGGCUUGAAACAUCCGUUCGGGCUGGAUGUCUAUGACAAGAAGGUAUACUGGACAGAUUGGGACACACACAGCAUUCAGGUAGCGGAUAAAUUUACCGGUGGAGAUCGGCACACCAUCUUGGCGAACAACACCGAUUUGAUGGACAUCCGGGUGUUUCAUCGGACACGCAAGGAUGCUCGUAAUCCGUGCGGUGCUCGAAACGGAGGUUGCUCCUACAUCUGUCUGCUUAGUCCUUCGGGGUACAGCUGUGCUUGCCCGAUUGGAAUACAAUUGAAUGACAAUAGCAAAACCUGCAAGGACGGCCCGUCUAACUAUCUGAUCUUCGCACAUCGUACCGACAUCCGGCAGGUUUCGUUGGAUAGCGAUUACCAGAUUGACGUCGUGCUGCCGCUUCCGCCGAUAUCGAAUGCUGUCGCGCUAGAUGUGGACGCCCGAACCGGAGAUAUCUUUUGGACGGAUACGAUCGAGGACGUCAUAAUGCGAUCGUCACCGGAUGGCAUGCGAGUGAAACAGGUGCUCAGUGAAAGCAUGGACAGCGUCGACAGUAUGGUGGUGGAUUCGAUCGGGCGUAAAAUUUACUGGGCAGAUGCUGGACGUUGCUCGAUUGAAGCUAGUGAACUCGACGGUAGCAUUCGAACCGUACUGAUCUGGAACGAUUUGAUACAACCGAAGGGGAUUGCAAUGGACUACGAAAGUGGCUAUCUGUUUUGGUCCGAUUGGCGUAAAGAACCGAUCAUUGAACGCGCCGAUAUGGACGGCGAACGACGGAAGGUGAUUGUGGCUACGGAUCUUGGUUAUAUUUGUGGUUUAGCCGUGGAUGGGCAUGAGAAACGUAUCUACUGGACGGACGCCAAAGCUAAAACGAUUGAGUCCUGUGAUAUGAAUGGAAAUUCCCGCAAGAUGCUAAUUGAGAAUCUACAUCACCCGUACGCACUGGCAGUUACUCGCAAUUGGGUCUACUGGACGGAUUGGAUCACCAAGGCACUACAUUCGGUACCGAAGACAAACACUAGCAAGAUUCGUAAAGUGGCCAGCGACUUGGAGCAGUUGAUGGAUGUUAAAGUUGUUCUGGAACUGGAUGAGUAUACGGAAAAUCCGUGCGGUAAAAACAACGGUGGAUGUUCACAUUUGUGCUUGAGGAAACCCAAAGGCUACUCAUGCAAGUGUCCCACUGGAUUGCUCAUGAAAGAAGGAAGUACAAAGGAAUGCAAGCAGGUUCCCGAUGAAUACCUUCUGAUCGCGUUACGUUCCGGCAUUGGUCGAAUAUCGUUGGACACACAGGAUCUGUUUGACGUGGUUCUUCCGUUUGAGGGUGUUCAUGGAGUGGUUGCCUUGGACUACCAUUUUGACCGCAUGUACAUUUUCUACGCGGACGUCAAUGUCGACGCAAUCCGUCGAGUCAGUAUGCACAAUCUUUCCGACUCCAAGGUUAUAGUUGCUAGCGGACUUAACACUCCCAAUGGCAUUGCCGUUGACUGGUUGGCGGAUAAUCUGUACUGGACGGAUGCAGCACUGAAGAAAAUUGAAGUGUCCCGCCUGGAUGGAACCUGUCGGAAGGCUUUGCUAACCGGAGGUUUGGACGAUCCACGAUCGAUCAUUCUGUAUCCCAAGCGUGGUUUCAUGUUCUGGGCUGACUGGGGCCAGGCACCGAGAAUCGAACGAGCCUACAUGGACGGAUCAGAAAGGCGAAGCAUUAUUGAUUCGGAGCUCGGAUUCCCGACCGGUCUUGCGAUUGACUUUGACGCAAAGAAACUGUACUGGGCUGACGCUCAGCAGGAUCGAAUUGAGAUGUGUGACUUUGAUGGGAAACGUCGCACUCGUGUCAUCUCCCAGGCUACACAUUCAUUUGGAUUGACGCUGACCGCCAGCCACAUGUAUUGGACCGACUGGCACAACAAGUCGGUCCUGCGGGCUCCGAAGCGUGUCGCCUCUCCGGUGGAAGAGGUUCGUUUUGGACUGCGAGGUGCUCUGGAGAUUCGGUCGGUUGCGGGUAGCCGUCAACCGCAUGAUUGGAACCCCUGCGGUCAGGACAACGGUGGCUGCAGCCACCUGUGUUUGUUCGCCGAAACACGCUACGUCUGUGGUUGUCCCGAUGUCCCAGACGAAACCCACUGUCGGCUGGAACCGGCCUUCAAUGUACCGAUCAAAACGAACGACGAAAUCACCGUUACCCUAGAGGACGAUAAACCGGCCAAGUCGAACGGAUCCACCGUGUUGAGCAAGAACAAAAUGCACGCCCAAUUAGUUAUUAUCGCUACCGCCAUUCUAGCUGGCUUACUCAUUAUAGUAGUCAUCGCCAUCCUAGUGCUGAUUGUAAAUUCCAAGCGGAAACAAAGUAAGAAAACGUCCCGCAGCGGUAGCGACGUACUGACGUUCACCAAUCCCAACUACAACGGCGUCGACGGGCUGUGCCAUUCCGGUGGUGAAGCCAGCACCUCUCGGAACACGAUCUGGAAGCGGCUCAAGUACGAUCGGGCUCAGGAGCUGGUCUACGAGGAGAAAUUCCUGGGUCCUCCCCAUGGCACCGCGACCACCACGCUCAUUUCGCCGGCAUCAUCAUCGCAGAUCUCCUCGGCUUCGGCAGUUCUUCCAGUGUAAUCCAACUGAUACAAGAAAACAUCGAAAGGUGCACUACUAACGGAUAAAACACACAGCUCAAACUCAAUCUUACCCAGCGGGAACCGAAGAUGAUGACAGAAGCAUAAAGCAAAACCAAAAAAAAAAAACAAAAACAAAAAAAAAAACGAAAAACUGAGAUUAACUAUAUAAUAUGCUACCAUUAAAAUCAAUGAAACAUAUUCACUGACGAGAUCGUUCAAGGUAAUUCAAGGCAGCUACACUAGAAAGAGAUAAACUAAAACAAAACAUUUAAAGAUGAUACCUAAGGUUGAGUAAACAAAAUGUAUCUACAUAUAAAACAAAAAAAAAACAGAGAGUUAUAAUAUUUUUAUCAAACAUUUUUUGUAUACAGAGUAUGGGAUUUUUCUUUGAGUCCUUUUUUACGACACAGCAGCAGCGUCCGGGAAAGGCGCAAUCGGGCAAAAGAGAGAAGAAGAAAACAUCACGAAAGUUCUAUCAUUACCUCUUCUUUCGAGAGUUUUUUGUAUGUACAGUGAAAUAAAAAGUAUAUGCAAAAUAUAUGUUAAAUUGAAGGAAACUGUAUUCGCUUCCAGUCGGUGGCAACCGGAUAAUUUCAUGGUUAGCAACCGGGAAACGAACUUAUGAAAGCUUUGACAAUUUUUGCACAGAUGAACAAAUUAAUGAAAAUAAAUGCAACUUGCCCAACACAUACCAGCAAAACAAAAACAAAAAAAAUGGAACAUAAAACAACAAACAUUAAGAAGCAUUAUUAUGAAACUGGUUGUAAUUUUAUCAACAUUCGCAUUCAAUCGCAGACAUCCCAUACGAAUACUAGCAAAACCAAAAACUCUAUAACACUAGUGGAUGGAAUAAAGUAUAAUAGUGGAUAUAAACAAAUGAAAGAAGAACAAAAAACAGAAAAACACUACUAUUUUAAAGACGUAAAAACACAGACGCGAGUGUACACAAUGCAACUACUACAACUCUCCAACCAGCUGAUGUGCAUUCAUUUUUAGUUUUUCCAUCACAACCAAUCACGGAAGAAGCAUGUAGCUCUGAUACCGUGGCAACCGUUUAGUUUCCAUGCUGUGUAAAAUCACUAACAUAAUCUGAUCACUUUCGGUAGAAAAGGUGGAGCUGAAAUUUUCGACUAAUAUUCAUAGAUUCGGGCAUACACACUUAAUUUUAUUUACUGAACUUAGUAAUAUUUUACCGACUUUUACUCAGCUGAACGUACCGCAAUCAGUUCAGUAAUUUGUUUAUUGAAGAACGUUCCGUAAAACUGAAGUUUGUUCGAGCUGUCAUUUUUCUCUAUACUGAUCAGUAAUUUGUGAUGAGGGUUCGGUAAUAUUAUACUGUUUAGUCAGCACGGGAAGAUAACCGAACGUACUCUCAAAAAACAACCAAUUAGUUCAGUUAUUCGAACAGUUCAGUAUAGCAUGAAAUCAAUAUUAAAUAUUUACUUUAAUGUUUGAAAUUUCGGAAAACACACACCAAAACAAUUGAAAUUCAAAUACAUUUUGUUAUUUAUUCAAUAGAUAAGUAUUUUUCUAUAAAAUUAAAUUAAAGCUUCCGACAAAAAAAAAAAGGGAAUUGCAUCCAUCUACUAUUACGAUGAAAUGUUGUAGAAAGAAUUAUAUUACUUACUGAAUAGUUCGAAUAACGAAGCAUCCAGACAUUGAACUUUGUUCAAAAUUGACUCUAAUUUACUCACUUUGCUAAAAUUCAACUAAAAUACAAAAUGGCGUGCUGGGUGUUUGCGUAUAACAAAUGGAUUCGGCCAUUUUUACCGAAUGAAUGGUUAAAAGUUGAUAAACUGCUGAUCGUUCCGUACAAUUUCUGUCAAAUUUACCGAAUUAUUUCAAAGUGCUAACUGUUUGGUACAAAAUUACCAAGUUUUCGGUACAUGUACAACCGAAUUUCGGGGAAAAAAAUAUGCGGAAUAUGUCAAUUUGUAUAGGAAUAGCGGACAAUUCGAUUAUUUAAAUCAAAGUGAUGAUUUUUUCCGCAAAAAUAUUACCGAACUGAAAAUUCGAAAAUAAGUGUGUAUGGGUCGCCAUAGCAAACAUUUUUUGUUUGGCCAAAUAAUUUGCACCGCUGAGCAGGGAUGCCAUGUCAUUUUUUCAAAAAUCUGUCAAAAAUCAAGUCAAAAACCUGUCUGUGAAAAUCUGUGCCCGUUUCCCGUACCAUAAUAGCAGAUCGAAAUCAAUUUGAUGAGCAAAAAUAACCGCUUUGUACCUUUUUCUUCAACCGCUCUGUAUAUUUUGAUGCCAAACUGUGCUCGCUUUCAAAAAUCUGUGAAAAUCUGUGAUUUAUUCCAGAAUCUGUGAAAAUCUGUAAAUCUGUGAUCAUUUUCCGAAAUCUGUAAAAAUCUGUGUCAUUUUUAAAAUCUGUGCAGAAAAUGAAAAAUCUGUGAAACACAGAUUAAUCUGUGAACCUGGCAUCCCUGCCGCUGAGUACUCGGUAAUCAUCUCGUCAAAUGAUAAAAUUGCGGAGUCUCGGCGAUCUCAAAUUUGACAAACGUCAGUUGUAACCGAACUGUUUGUUCGGCAUAAUCUUUACUGAAUGUUCGGUAGAAGCAGCGAGGUGAAAUUUAUGAAUUACUGAGCCUUCAACAAUUAAAAGUAAACAAAGAAUUCGUGUUUUUAAUCGUAAACACAUUCAGUUAAGUAUUGAGAUUUCAUUUUAUUUCCUUAUAUACAUACAAAAAUAUACAUUACAUUACUCAUGUUUCGAGUAGGUACAAUUGCAAAAUAUGCAAUUCAGACUAAACGCGGAUUACCAAAUAUGUUGGUUGACAUGUCGUCUCAGUUCUUCGAUCAGGGUCUGGAAAGUGUUUUUUUAUAAAUGAUUAACAAUAAUUUUUAGUAAUUAUAUUCACUGGAUAGAUCGUCACUGGACGCCCUUUAUUUUGGACUAAUUCCGGAAAUUUUCUCCGAAAUUUUUCGUCAGAAAAUAACUCCAAGCGAAAAUAUAAAACUUAGAUGACAGUUUUCUCACCGAAGUUCGGCUGAAGCUAAGACGUAUUUUGAAAUUUGGAUUGUCAAGUGUUUUUACAUCAGUUUGUUUUGAAAAAUGUUCCAAACAAACUAAUAUUUCUCUUUUGAAUUUCUGCUCAACGAAUGCGAAGAAAACUGCUUUUGCGUCUUCCAGCAAUGGUCGUUUUUCUAAGAUUGUAACUUGCCCCUUAACUCCGACUUUAACCUGGUUGUGGUCGUUCACCGGGGUGGGAAUUAAUGGUAAUUACAUUUUAUUUGGUUUGAAAUGUUUUUCCGUAAAAGCAAGUGAGAGUUUCGCUUUAUUCACUUAUUCUUUUAUUAAUUAUCAAGUGGUUCCCACGUGUAUCACUCAACUGUUUGUAUAAAAUGAUACCGGGAACCUUCGACUUUCAAACGGAACUGUAAAAUCCAAGAAAACUUUUAUAAUCACGUCACAAUAAUCGAAAAUGAAAGUAAACAAACAGAAACUGUCAUUUGCUCAUACGGCUAUUUAAAAAAUCAACCGUGAAUUGUCCUCAACACAACAGUGUUCUUCGGUCCUGUACACCCUCAUUCAACAUAACUCAAAAUUAAGUGACACACUAUUCAAAUACGCAAAACGUGCACGUACUCUAAACUUGAGUUACCACCUAUCUACUCAUUUUUGAGUUAGAAGAAAAAGCUUUCAAAAUUUGAGUUUUUUUUUCAUUCGAUAUAUGGAAAAAAUAUUUUUUUCCAAAAAUUGAGUGAGUUUAACUCAAAACUUGAGUUCUUUGGACUCAAAAUAAAGACAUUCUUAUUCGUAAAUGUUUAUAUACAAAGUCAUUCUUCUUUCUUUUUAAUGGAAAGACCAGAAGAGUGAUUCAAAGCCUUUUGACCGGUUUGGAAUCGAAAUUGACCGAUUUUGUAAUCCUUAUGUUGUACUUCUCACUCAGCAUAACUCAAACCACAAAAUUUCCAAUGAAAACAUCUAUGAUUGAUAAUUUUUGGUUUCAAAAAUCAAAUCUAAAAACGACAAUAAAAAAUCGACAACUUCUUGCUUCCUCAAAUUCGAUGAGAAUAUUCCGAUAAAGAAAACGCAUUGAACUGCUAGAAGUAUUUUUUUCACUCAAAUGUUUGAAAACUCAACGCUUACUCUAUUGUAUGAAUAAAUGCGAGAGAAUUCAUAUCCUGAGCAAAUUUUACUCAAAUUCAUACUGAAAUUUUGACAUAUUGUUCCAGUUCAUGAAUUUGAGUGAUCGGAACUCAAAUCAUGAGUUAUGUUCAAAGAGCAUGUAGUUCCGGCCAUGAGUUAUGUCGGCCGUAUCGGAUGAGAUUUGAAAGCGGACUGUGAACGACAAAAUCUUAAUCGGCAAUGACGUGACACCGGAUUCCCGUGGGAUGGUCCGGAAAAAAUAUCUUCCACAACUCAACGCUUUAAAUAAUAGAGAUGGACAAUUCGCUCCUGAGCUGUUCCAGUGAAUCGAAUCAUAGAAGUGAACUGACAGCUCACAGCUCUUUUUGAAAGACCCGUAGCUCACUGGCUCACUCAGCCACGUUAUUGAAAUGACGGAAUGAGCAAUGGAUUCUUAUGUACGAUUUAGACGCUUCGACUUCUUCCAUCACAGUCAACCUCCGUCACUGUCACCGUCAACAUUAAUAGCAUGUAUUCUUACGGAGCCAUUCACACGUAACGUCACCGUCACGGAACGUCUUGACGGAUGGAGCGUGUGAAAGUUCCGGUAAAGAAAGUAUUAAACUAAUUUUGAUGGAAGCUGACGUUCCGGUGACGGUGAGGAAAGAAGGCGGACCUUCUGAAUCGUACAUUACUCGACUGCACGAUUUUUCAGAGCUCGAUCGGUUCAGUACUAGAAUUUUCGUCUGAGUCGGAUGCUCGAGCAACCCGAUUGACAGUGACAUUACAAAUGUCAUUGAAUAUUCGUUCAUUUCAUGUAUGAGUUAGUGUAAAAGUUAGGUGACUUACGCCAUUUUAAUACACUCCAGCUGGAGAAAUGGACGAAUUUUCUCGCCGAUUCGGAACUCAUUCGGAUCUGAUAAUGUAAGCAUUUGCUACCCAGCUCACCGCAUCAUGAAGAAAGGAAAGAGCUGAACGGAUCUUCUGUUUUUGAAGAGCGAGUUCUAUACGAAUCCUUCUCUUACCUUUCACUCAGUAGGCUAUCCAGAGAUGCCAGGUAAAAGUUUCAAAUAUCUUCAGACAGGAUUGGAAAAGUCUGUAUAUCCGAAAAAAAUCUGCAGUCAGCAAGAAUGUCUUGCUGGCAGCCAUUUCUCUAUAAAGUAUGAUACACUAAACUGAUUUGGCGAGCUAAAAAAAACGACAAUUUGAAAAGUCUGUAAAUUUUGGCGAAAGUCUGCGAAAAACUCGAUUUUCAAAUGUCAGUCUGUCUGCACAACAAAAAAUGUCUGCAACACUAUGUACGAAAUCUGCAAAUUUACAGACAAAUCUGCAGAUCUGCUUCGGAAUUCCAUGUGGAAAUCAUGUGGAAUUUCGAAUCAAUUCCAACUAGAGUGCAACAACCGAUUCCGAAUGAAUUUCGCCUAGAGUGCAACAACCGAUUCCAUCCUUGCAGAGGAGCCGUUUUCGCAGAUAUUAAACAAAUCAGCUGUUUUUCAAAGAUGGGCGAAUCUUACAAAAGUAAACAAAUCGAGUUUCUCUCACCGACCAACAAAAGCUUCAAAAUUCUACAAUUUUGCCUAAAAAUUCGGAAGCUACAAAAAUCUCAAUAUUUGUAAUCCAAAGAUCUAAAAAAGGCGAAACUGUCAUUCCAUUUGUUUACGUAAGUUUCGUCCUCCGUGUUCCAUGCCAACAAACAGGGCGAUACUUCAAUCGUUAGUAAGGAAGGGCGAAACUAUUUAUUUUCUUUAUUUUAGAUGGUUUCCGAACCUAUUACUACUGGAAAUAGUAUCAGGAAUCAGGAAUCAAAACAAAUUGGCUCAAAUGGCACGUUCCCCUUGAUAUUUGGAGAUUUGUGCCUUGCCAUCAAUAUGUUUUUAGCAUCAUUUUCCCGAUAUAUAAGAGGGAAGGAUUGAAAGGAAAUGGUAAGGGUUGGACUAGGAGGAUGGGAAAAAUUGACGACACAAAAACACAUAAAAGCAGAAGUAAAUUCUGCACCCCUAAGGGAUGCUGAACAAUCUGCUGAGGAUCACAUUUAGUGGAAGCAGAAGGAAAUUCUGAACCUCUACGAGGUCCCGAACAGUCUGCUGUUAAUAAAACCUCCAACCCCCGAGAGGAUUUAGAGAUCUUACAAAAGCGACACCAUUCUGCACUCCCGGAAGAAUGCAGAACGACUCGCAGUAUGUACGAGCAGAAGUAAAUUCGGUACCCCCUAUAGGAUGCCAAACAAUCUGCUAAACCCUAUUUAAGGUGAAUACAGAAAGGAUUCAUUCACUCCAUGAAGAACGAUGAAUCCUUCUGACUAUAGCUCCUUACCACAUUGGGUGAGAAACGAGAGAAUAUCCUUCAAUUUUAGCUCCGCAUACACAGACUCAACCAUGUAUGGAGAACCAAAAACCCGGAUACGUAGCUGCGUCAAUGCGGGACAGUUACAUAUCAGAUGAUAUGAAGUACCGUAAUCGCAUUCACACAAAUCACACGAAUAAUACUCAGCACGUUGAAUAGUAGCCAUGUGAUAAUUGAGUUUGCAAUGUCCAGUCAGAGCUCUGACCAGAAUACUGCAAUGAUACUUGGAGAAAUGCAGUAGACACUUUGACAUUUUCAGAUUUAAAUCUGGUAGAAAUGCUUUUGUCUGAGCGCAAGUUUGCAAGCUGCGCCAGUAGCUGCCAUGUUUGGAUGCAGCCCAAGAACGAAUCUUGUGCGUUAUCCAACUAGUUGAAAGUGGUAAAGCUGGUUCAGGACCAACGAAAUCAUUCGUUGCACCAGCUCUAGCCAACUCAUCAGCGGAUUCAUUUCCAGUAAUACCAGAAUGGCCGGGUACCCAUAAGAAGUAAACAGCAUUUGAAAUGCUGAGGUCUUCAAUUUGAGUUCGACAUGCGAUCACUAGAUUCGACCGUGAGUCAUUCGAACUGAGUGCUUUUAAGGCUGCCUGACUGUCGGAACAAAAAUAAAUACGUUUACCACAGAUCCUCUGCUGAAGUGCCGAUUGUACUCCUCACAGAAUUGCGUAGAUUUCUGCUUGGAACACAGUACAGUAUCUACCAAGUGAAUGAGACUGCUCCAGCCUCAUUUCACGACAGUAGACACCAGCACCAGCACGACCAUUCAACAGAGAACCGUCCGUAAAACAAACUAUGUGUUCAUCAAGUUGUCGUUCCAUACAACCAGACAACCAUUCCUAACGAAGAGGAUAGCUCACAUUGAAUGUUUUAAAAGGAAAACUGCAUGUGAGAGUUAGGUCACUAGGAGCGACUAAAUACUCAUCUCACGUAACCAUUUGAGACCACAAGCGAGUGUGGCUGGUAGCAUAAUCUAAUGGGUUACUGUUCCAAAGCCCUGUAACCCUAAGACGGUAUGCACAAGAUAAUGCUUCUUGUUUUAGGAACACAUGUAGUGGUUUAAUACACAGUAGCGCCUCUAGAGCAGCAUUAGGAGUUGUCGUGAAUGCUCCUGUCAUCGCCAUUAGGACCAUCCUUUGGAGAUGAGUUAGCUUUGACUGAACUGUCGCGACUUCUCCUUUCUGCCACCAUACAAGACAUCCAUAUGCUAAAAUUGGUCUAACAAUAGUUGUGUAGAUCCAAUCAAUGUAUCUGGAUUUGAGUCCCCAUGAUUUUCCAAAAGCUCGUCUGCAUUGGUCGAAAGCCAUGCAAGCUCUUUCAAUCCUGAAGUCAAUGUGAGCAGACCAAUUCAGUUUUGAGUCAAGAAUAACCACGACGUAUUUAACUUGAUCGACCACAGUGACCUCUGAACCAAAGAACUGCAACGGACGAGCUCCUGUAAUUAUCCUACGAUGAGUGAAAAGCACCAUUGAUGUUUUGCCCGGAUUUACAGAUAAUCCAACCUGACAACACCAUUGUUCAACAGAUCGCAGGGCUUGCUGCAUUAAAUCAAAGAGAGUGUUAAUGCUUAUACCGGUCAUCAAUAUAUGAUAAUCGUCGGCAAAACCAUAAGUCGGAAAUCCAAGGUUAUUAAGUUUCCUUAACAAACCAUCAGCGACUAGGUUCCAUAAAAGUGGGGAUAGUACACCACCUUGAGGACACCCACAGACACUUAGCUUUCUAAUCUCUGCUUGCCGAAGCGAUGAACAAAGAAGUCGAUUGCUAAGCAUUGCGUGUAUCCAGUAAGGGAAAAACCCAAGAUAUUCCGUUCACGACUGCAAUGUUUAACCUCCUGCAGCCAUUCAGCCAUCAGCACGGAAAUACACCUUGACUUAGGAGUUCCUAUUUUUGUGGCCUUUUACGACAUGGAACAGGAAACCAGUGGAUCAAUUCUUGGUAAAAAAUAAUUCCGCCGGAUGCCACACGGCUUACCUGUUUGGUGGACUUAUACCACCGGUACAGGUGGACCGUAGCGUUAUUCUUAGCCAGUUGGGAAACCGCUACCGACACUACACGGCUAUCUAGGCUGCUCAGAGAGGGAAGUUGACAUUGAUGGUCAACUUCCAUGGAUGGCCGAGCAGCCGGAAAAUGUCUGCAACACUAUGUACGAAAUCUGCAAAUUUACAGACAAAUCUGCAGAUCUGCUUCGGAAUUCCAUGUGGAAAUCAUGUGUCAUUCCAUUUGUUUACGUAAGUUUCGUCCUCCGUGUUCUAUGCCAACAAACAGGGCGAUACUUCAAUCGUUAGUAAGGAAGGGCGAAACUAUUUAUUAUCUCUAUUUUAGAUGGUUUCCGAACCUAUUACUACUGGAAAUAGUAAAUGGGACGAUACAAUUAAUCGCUGAUUUAUCUUAGUCGCGAAAACCAACUGAUUUCACGAAAAAUACGCAAGGGCGUAACUUCACAAUUCACACAGGAAGCAUAAAAGUAAACAAAUCGAAAAAGGGCGAAACUCCUUCUAUGUUGAUUUAUUCAGUAGAUAUAGAAGGAAAGUGGUAAAAUUUGCAUGCAUUUUAAAGAUGAUCCAACAGUUCAUCGUCUAAUCAAAAAUUGAUCUGAGAAUAUACGAAAAUUUCUAAAUAGGAUUUGAAACCAAAGUCGAAACAUUCAUCGACGUUUUUCUCCAUUCGCUGUCAAUGUUAGAUUCGCCCUUCUUUAGAAAACAGCUGAAAUGUGGCAUAAUAAUGAUAAUGGUUUUCAAAACCUCGUCCUUUAUUCGAUUGUGCUAUUUGUCUACUCUAAAAAGUUGGUCGUCUUUGACAGAUAUACAUUUGUUGAUGCUUUCGAUGAACAAUGAAAUAACAAUUGUCACUAAGGAAUUUUACCAGUUGAAAAUGCAAUUGGCCUCAAUCCAACAGCCGACUAAUUUUUCUUUUGGCUCUAAUGCUAGUUAAUUUCAAUACAACAGACAGCGAUGCCAGGUGAAAUUUUAGGCGUCUGCGUAUUAGAAAUGGUCCUAUGCGACCUCAAUAUUUAGAAGUAUGACGAAAAAACCAAACGAAUACCCUACAGUAAUAGCAAAAGUCAUUAAAAUGGACGAUUGUUUAUAAAAAUUUCGAAAAUCUGCACAAAAGUCGGCUUAAUUGCAAAGUCUGCUAACAAACGAAAUUGCAAAUUUACAUACCAAUCUGCAAACCUGGCAUCAGUGGUUCUGACGCUCAUUAUUGCGCUAUCCUGCGACGAUUCCGUCGUAUUCUAUGUCCAGCUGAAAACCACUAUAAAAUGAAAAGUACGUACUUUUGAAUAUUUAUAAUUCUGACAGAUGCUGAGAUUAUGUUGGUGAUUUUACAGCAACCGAAACAAAACGCUUCAUUCGAAUGUGUUGAUUCUAGUUUUGUUUAUAGGGGAAGCAGGGAUACGAAACUCUUCGGAGCUAAUCAUAGGAAGCCAUCACUGUAAAAUUUUGGAAUCAUACCGUUUUCUACAUGCUACAUGUAGAUAAUUUUUGGUACUUCACAAUAAUUUUGUGGAAGUUUAAAAACUUCGGUCACAAAGUGAACCCUUGUGUCAUAUUCAAGUUAUUUUCAAUCCCUUUUCAAAAGAUGGGAGAAAAACUGCGGUAAAAAUUCUUCGACAUAUGCUUUCAAAUUCAGUUUUGAAUUAUCAAAUUAGGGAAUAAUCCUUGUGAUAUUUUAUUUUGUAAAGAAUUGAACCUCUAAUUGAAAAAAAAUCCGAAAAUUUUGCAGAAUACUUUUGGUUCUGUUGUUUUGAAACAUUUUACAUUUUUUUUAGUUGUGAAAUCUUACUCUGCGCCGAAGUGUAAAGUUUGUGAAGAAUCAGAUAAUUUACAAAUUGUUGGAAGUGCGCUGUCAUUUCGUUGUUGGGCGAAUAACAUUUUUCUCGAUCAUCAAUCGAUAGUUAAGCGAUGGUCAAUAUGAUUCCCUCUUCCCCUAUUUCAACUAUUCUAUCAACUAACAAUAAGCAAAAAUGAGAUUUGAAACAAACAAGAACAAACUCUGUCGUUAAUGGUAAUAAACAAAGAUGAAGAAUAACAAUAUAUAUGAAUGUUUUAUAUAUUUCUGGUUUUUAUACAUAUCCUGCAAUUGAAACGUCGAGACAAAAUAUGCAUGUAAAUUGAACCUUCAUAUAAUAGAUGACGGCAAAGCAGAAACCGUUGCUUGGAUUAUGUUCCUGAAAACGAAAUUCAAAUUCCAAAACAAAAUUCAGUUCCUUUUAAAAAAAACAUUUUUUUUUUGUUUUCGUCAUAAGUUUUUGUUGCAAAUUUUUGGAAACAUGGCUGUGCGUUGUUUUGAUGCAUUAAUUUCAGUUUCUAGUUCCUUAGAGUGGCGGCGGGGUCUUUCGUUACAUUGACCGAAACGAUCCACCUGGACUGAGGGUUGCUCCAGAUUGGGGUCAUUUCGGCCAGUAUCAAUGACAUAUUUUUGUAUAUUAUAGACAAACUGAACUAAAUAGAACAAAUGUUACCCGAUGUAAAUAAUGAAUAAAAUACCAACAACAAAAAAAAACAAAUCAAUGGUAAAAGCACCUAUUAUUUUUAAAUCUUGAAAUGAUAAAAAUAAAAAAGGGAGAAAAACCGGUUGACAUUUUAAUGAGGAAUUUGUACGAAACCGGCAAACUGCAAGAGAUUACAACUACUUUGUUUUCGGUUUAAGGAUAAUCAUUCCAGAAAGAUACACGUAAUCUAUAAAGCAUACAAAUUAACUAUAAAAAACACAAGUUAAUACAAAUCAACUGACUAUUUAGGAUUAAGAGAACAUAGUAAAGGAGUCAAACUCAAGAGAGAACAAAAAAAACAAAUGUCUUCAAUCUAUAAGAUUGAUGAAGAAUGAGAAAUUCUUGUUUGCAAUGAGACAACAAGAUGAAGAGAGAGAAAAAAAACCACUAAUCGUUUUUUAGAAAUACGAUUUUUUACUGUAACUAUGAUGGUAAAAUACACACAGAAAAAUUUAAAUUAAAACAAAAAGCAAAACUGCAAACGAAUUAAAAACUUAGUGUAAAUAAGAGCAAUUUCCAUAAAUUGCAACAGCAACAACAACAACAAAACACAAACCGAUUGUAAGAUUAGCUUCAACUGGAAAGUUACACUUUAAGGAAGGUGAAAUCAAGUGAAACAAUGUGCCAAAAACUAGACGGAAGAUGGCGGCGCCGCGAGCGGGUUCAGCUGUCAGACAUUCGCAACAAUGUAUGACAGUUGCUUACGGCUCUUUUGGCGUUUGGUGGGAUGAGAUUUGAAAACAUCACGCCGGAAAGGUCUACGUCUACGCGGUUAUUCAACUCUAUUCUUAUUCUGGGUAGCCCCCGUAGAAUAAGGUUGAUCUGCCUAAAGUGAAGUUUUUUUUUGUAGGGUAGGUUCGAUCUUUGCAAAAAUCAUGCAUCAUAGUCAAUUCUGAGUUGAUUCAUUCAAUCAAGUUUCGAUAAAAAAAAACAAACGAGACUGCUCUAAAUAUGGGCAAAUGUAUUCAACAGGCAAACCAGGAUUUACACAAACUUACUAGUUUUUGGAUAAAAGUUUUCAGAAUUGAGUAGCACUGAAUAAGAGUGUAGACACCGUCAAAAAACUCAUUCAAAAUGACAGUGCGCUCUGAUGAACUUCAAAUCUCCAUCCACCGAAAGAAAAACACGCACAGUGGCUUGUUUAUGUGCGUGAACACACGGCGAGCGUCCAUCUUCGAGGAGUCAAAACUGUAAAAUAAAAGAUGUCUGCUCACUUAAAAAUAAAACGUUUAUAAAGCGAUAUUUUCAACUAAAUGGAUGAAAGACUGAUUUGCUUCUGAGUUAUGGGGAUCGUGAGUUUGUUUGUGAACAUUCCGGCACGGUCUGUGUGAUUGUGAAAAUGUUCUGUCAAACAAAGAUCACAAUGUUUUUGUUUAUUUUUAUUUUUGUUCGUUUCUGCGCGGUGUGUCAAUUCUUCCUAUGUAUAAGUGUGAAGAGGUACUAAACUAUAGCGCCCUAGAAGUCACUUUCGUUUCUGUUCUCUGACCUACAGCCUAAUUAAAAUCGGCAGUUCGAUUUCCAGAACUCCAAGGGAGUAAAAUCAUUAUGUAGUUCGAAAAUUCAAAUCAUCAAAUCUUUCCUCCAGUUCCUUUCCAACACUCUACUAACAACUUUGACACCGCGCAUAAUGAUUACUUUUAAGGAAACGUUUCAAAAAACUAUACUCUAGUCAUCAAUCAGUAAUAUCACAUUUAAUUUGAUAAACAUAUAAUGAAUAUAAAUUUGCUCAUAAAAUCACUGUAUAAAUUUGACAAUAUAGAAAUCAAACACCGAGAAAAAAUGAGAAACAUGAUUGAUUUAAUGAAAAAGAAAAAACUAAAUAAAUCAAAACCCUAACCCCUUUUGGAACCGAAACCCGAAGAAAUAGAAAACCCAAGUACAACCCUGACUAAGAAUCACGAAGGAAGGAAAAUAUCGCGACUUUCGGAUUGUUCCGGACAACCUACAGGCCCGGUGAUUAUACUCACUCAAAGGGCUCUUGUUUGAGUAUAAUCGCAAGAACAGCCUACUGCGAGGUAGAGCUGCACGUUCCGCUAGCUUCUCCAUCCGAAAGUCAAAGCGAGCCAGCUGUCAGUGUGCAAAGUGGUCGAACAAAAGGUAUAAACACAAAGGGCAGGUUAGAUUAAUUUCCGGUGAAGAAUUUCCCCCCUUCCUGGUGGAAAUCAAAACACACAACAAAAAAAAACUUUUAAAUCGAACCCUCUAAUAAAGGUGCGCGUUUUAGUGCAUACCAAAACAACAACAACAACAACAACCGAUUGAGAGACAUUUUGUUAAUUACAGAGCAAACAGAACAGAAUAGCGAGGGAAAAAUAAAGUGGUGCGAGUACACCAAAAAGCUCAAACAAACGUGGUUUUAAAUUUGCUACUGAAGCGAACUGGGGAGCGAAAGCACGAAUUAUAAAUGAACAGAUUAUAUUUAUAAAAGUUAUCAAAAUUCGCUCAUCUGCAGGGCGGCGAUGGUUCAACUAAGAGGAAGUUACUAGUAGUAGUAAUAAAGGCCUCCGCAGCCUACCAAACGAGAUGCGAAUGAUGAAAUGAAAUGAUUUAUGAGUUUAAAACAGUGGUGAGGAGCAACAAAUACAAAUACUUUAUUUUUUAUAAGAAAACAAAUGAAAAAAAAACUAGAAAACUCAUUGAAAGUAUAAAAACACACACACAUACAAGGGAGAGAAUAAAGAAAUCGUUUUGUUCUAAACACGAAAAAAUAAGAGAAACAAACUAAAAGCAUAACAGCAAAACUAUGAAGAAGAAGAAGAAGAAGAAAAAACGAAAUAUAGUAGCCUAAGUAACACACCCAACCCGGAAGAUUCGACGGAACGAAAUAAUUAUGCCUCCAAAUUUGUGAACGUCGAAACCCUCCGAGCAUGUCAAAUGUGUGUGUCGCAAGCACGCUAUCAAUUGUUGUUUUUAAAAAAAGAAAAUAAAUAUGAUUUUGGUGCUUUGGUUGGGUGUGUGCCGUCAAUUCAGUAACACUCAUCAACUCAUCAGAAGAAGCGAAGCGCAUUCACACGCGCCGAAUGAUUGUGUGAGUGUGCUACUGAACAAAUAAAAAAAGAAGAAGAAAAACCAUUUUGUUUUGUUUUAUAAACAGUUACAAAGAAAGGGAAACUUUGAAAACAUAGCAGUGUACACAUUAGAGAAAAUACAAGGAAAUUCAAAAAAAAAAAUCACGUCAAAACGAGAAGAAACUAACAUGCUGUGAGGAAUUAAGAUGCAAAACAAAAAAAAAACAUAUGAAGCAACACAACAUAGUUGAAACAAACAUUGAAUCGAAAUAAAACCAAUGCAAAAUGAAGUAAUUAUGAAGGAACGUGCGAAUGAACGGUUUGGUACAGCUGAAUGAUUAGAAGCAGAAAACAGAAAUAGAAUGAAUUGGUGAGGGCAAAGCAAGACAGGUCAAAGCAAACGAGUAGUCCUGUGAACAUAAAACAUGAAAAAUUAAUAAAUGUAUUUUAAAUGUUA